AUGAAUGUGGGAGAAGGCGAGGAAUGGGGUCGCCAGGCCUGGGAGGCGCCCGGGGGGCCCCCCCGCAGCCUGGAGCAGAUAGGGGUAGAGCGGACCUGGGGGGAAAUGGGAGCACCCCCGGCCCCCACCAUGUGGCAUCCGCUGGUUCUCCUGCUGCUCCCCUGUGCCCUGCUGCCCCGCGCCUCCGCGGCCCCCACCCGCGACAGUGACUCCCAGGAGAGCUCCUCGGCUUUGCUGGGCCUCCAGAGCCUGCUCCAAGGCUUCAGCCGGCUUUUCCUGAAAGAUGACCUGCUGCGGGGCCUGGACAGCUUCUUCUCUGCCCCCAUGGAUUUCCGGAGCCUCCCCAGGAACUACCACCAAGAAGAGAGCCAAGAGCACCGGCUGGGGAACAGCACCCUCUCCAGCCACCUCCAGAUCGACAAGGUGACCGACAACAGGACGGGGGAGGUGCUGAUCUCCAAGAAAGUGGUGGCCUCCCUGGAGCCCCAGAACAGCCAGGAGGGCGACUGGAAGGUUCCCAGGAUGGAGGAGAAGGAAGCCCCGGUGCCCACUCAGGAGGCCUCGGACAGCUUCCGCCCGGAACCCCGGCCCCGGGUGGCCUUCUGGAUCAUGAAGCUGCCGCUGCGGCGGUCCCACCAGGACACCCAGGAGAGCGGCCACUGGCUCAACGAGAAGCGACACCGCCUGCAGGCCAUCAGGGAUGGGCUCCGGGAGGGGGCCCGGGAGGACGCCCUGGAAGAGAGGACUCAGGGCUCCGCCCACUCCAAGCUGCCUGCCCGCAAAACCCACUUCCUGUACAUCCUCAGGCCCUCCCAGCAGCUGUAGGGUGGGGCAUGUGCAUGAUCCCUCCCCCAGACCCCACCCCCGAGCACCACCUGGAAAUAAAAGUUUCUUCUU